UUACCUUCAGAGGUUGCCUAAUGUGGUAAAUUAAGUACUGGAUGGUCACUGGCUUUUGCAGUUAUUAAUUAACUAAUCACCUCCAGAAACAUCAGCUAUAUCUAAGAAAUGUAACAUUUCCACUGUUGAAACUGCAAAAAUGGUGGUCUUUCGUCUAUGGUUACCUCACCCUGACCUCGCCGGGUUCUUCACAAACACGCACCCACCCACGCUUGUCUAGCUCUCUGGACUCCCAGCGUGACGUAUACCAUAUACCCGGUUAGCUAGCUUCUAAGCUAGUUAGCUAGCUAGUUAACGGCGUACACCGGAGUUGGUCAACGUUAGCUGUCGGUUUCGGCUAUGGACGACGAAAGCUAUCCCAAAACCUUGUAUGUGGGGAACCUCUCCAGGGAUGUAACCGAAAUUUUGAUUCUGCAACUCUUCACCCAGAUUGGGCCUUGUAAAAGUUGUAAAAUGAUCACAGAGCAUACAAGCAAUGACCCCUAUUGCUUUGUGGAGUUCUUUGAACACAGAGAUGCUGCUGCAGCCCUUGCAGCCAUGAAUGGGAGGAAGAUACUAGGAAAGGAGGUCAAAGUUAACUGGGCCACCACUCCAAGUAGCCAGAAGAAAGACACAUCCAAUCACUUCCAUGUUUUUGUGGGAGAUUUGAGCCCUGAGAUCACCACCGAAGAUGUCAAGGCUGCAUUUGCACCUUUUGGGAAAAUCUCGGAUGCCCGUGUUGUGAAGGACAUGACGACAGGCAAAUCAAAGGGGUAUGGAUUUGUGUCCUUCUACAACAAACUGGAUGCAGAAAAUGCCAUCGUUAACAUGGGGGGACAAUGGCUGGGAGGACGCCAAAUCAGAACCAACUGGGCAACGCGUAAACCACCAGCUCCAAAGAGUAUCCAGGACAAUGGCUCAAAGCAGCUGAGGUUCGAUGACGUAGUAGCUCAGUCCAGUCCACAGAACUGUACCGUGUACUGUGGAGGGAUCCAGUUAGGACUAUCAGAACACCUAAUGCGACAGACCUUCUCACCGUUUGGUCAAAUAAUGGAAAUCAGAGUUUUCCCAGAGAAAGGAUACUCUUUCAUCAGGUUUUCCUCCCAUGACAGUGCUGCCCAUGCCAUUGUUUCAGUAAAUGGCACAGCCGUUGAAGGACACAUAGUGAAGUGCUUCUGGGGCAAAGAAUCUCCUGACAUGGCAAAGAAACCACAGCAGGUUGAGUACAGUCAAUGGGGCCAGUGGAACCAAGUCUAUGGGAAUCCACCGCAGCAGCAGCAGCAGCAGCAACAGCAGCAGCAGUAUGGGCAGUAUGUGACCAAUGGGUGGCAAGUUCCCUCCUACAGCAUGUACGGCCAGACGUGGAACCAGCAAGGAUUUGGAGUAGAGCAGUCCCAGUCACCAGCCUGGGUGGAAGGCUUUGGAUCUCAGUCAGCCCAGGCUGCAGCUCCACCCGGUCCUGUCAUGUCCAACCUGGCCAACUUCAGCAUGGCUGGCUACCAGACGCAGUGAGCUAGCACUAACCUAAGUGUAGUACCGUGAGGGUUUUGUCAACCCUUUUAGACCACACAGCACUCUUUCACCUGGACAGCUGCUGUGGUAGAAGAAGGGCAGGGGCCAUAUUCAAAAAGCCUUUGUAGCUAAUAGUUGCUUCUAAACAACCAGUUCAACAAUUACAUUUUAAAUGACAGUGUCCAUUUCACUCAGAACUUUUAAAAAGUUUAUUUGAUGAUAAUUUAGUUUGGUUAUGUAAAAGUGUGCUUAGGCAUCUGAAAUAAAGCCAAACAACUGUCUUUGUCUAAGUAGAUGUUAAAUGACAGGCCAACUUUUUGAAUGUUUGGUCCCAUGAAAACCAUACCCAGUAUCUGACAAAGAGGAUUUACAGCUAUUUUAACAGAGACAAGAGACCAUUUCAUGCCUCAUAUCAUAUGCUGAAUAAGUUGACCAGUGGGCCACACCAUCAAAAAGUUGAGUCCUUCAGAAACUAAUUGUUACCCUCCCAUAUUCAAAACUUGAGCAAAAAUGUAUCCAGAAAUCAUGAAAUGUAAACAGAAACCUAACAGCCACGCUAUUUUAGUGGAGUUAAAAGCACAUUUACUAUAAGCCAUCUUACUACUCCAGCAGCUCACUGGAACAAAACUACAGCAAUAUCUGGUCUCAGUUUGCCAAUGUGUUUUUUUUUUAAUAUUUCAGUGUUUGUUACAGACUUGUCAAAAUGUUUAUUUACUUGUCAUACUUGGGGCAUUUUUCUGGCAUUUUAUACAACAGAAUACAAAACACCACUUUAGUCUUCAUGCAUUGAUUAAGUUCAAUUUUGUUAUAUAGGUCAGUUUGUGAAAUGGCAUACAGUGAUGACAGUGGCUGUGUUCGGAAUUGUAUACUUGCGUACUGCCUACUUCAUACUCGAUCAGUCGGCUGGCUGUGUCCGAACACAGCCAGUGUUGCACAGAUUGAGCAGGUAGGAUUGGUUCACCAUUAAUUUGUGCUACACACUGCAUUGAGCCGCAAGAAAGAACCAACCUACUAAAAGUGGUUUGGGCUUAGGUUUAGCUCAUAGCUAGAAAUUCAGUCCUGUUUUGAUAUAUUAAUGAAAAAUGCUUUGUGAAUAGAGGCCCUGGAACAGUGGUUUACCUUUCUAGUAUAUGUGAAGAAACUAUUUGUAUAAACAACUGUGGCUUUAAAAGCGAUAUAAGUGGGAUGUGGUAUCUCUUGGGUAAAUUUUGUGUACAAAGAAAAAUGUCACACACACAACUCUAAAUGGGGGGGGGGAAAUGAUUUGGUUUUUCAUGUUUUGUAAAGGAGUAAUCGGCAUGUUCUGUGCAGACUUCUGAUGGAUUUUAGGUUACACCUUAGAUUGGACUAAUUUAUAAUCCUGUGUCUCAUAGCAAAGGCUAUAGCACAUGCUCACUAUAUAAAGAACAUAUUGUAAAAACAGUUUAACCCUCAAUCUUUGUAAAGGUAAGUAACUCUGGGGGCUGGUUUCCUGGAAAGAUUGAAUCUUUAAUAUUUUCUUGAUAACCUCAGUUAAUUUAUAGUAACUUCUUUCUAAUGGUUGUGAGAGUUUUUGUGAAGAAACUUAGACUUAAUUUAGCACCAAAACCAGCCCCUAAUGAUAUUGCAUCAUGUUUUACAUAAUUAAAAAUGCUGUUCUUUAGUCCCUUAUUUGUGUAAAGACAAGCUGUCCAAUGUUUUAGGCUUUCUAUAAAUUGCGAUGGUUUUAUUUUAUGAAAGGUUUCCUAACUAUGUCGUUGAUUUGUCAGGGAAGCGGGCACCUUUCUGCCUCUUAGUGUAUUCAGAAUUUUCUCAGUAUUUGCAGAAUAUUUCCGUAUAUUCCAGGUAAAUUAUUUAAUAAAAAUAACUGGCAAAUUGUGACAAGAGGAUUUUCACAAAGACGUCCUGCCAUUGGGAAUGUAUUUGCGCGUGUGCCAUUCUGUACAGUAUAUUAAACUCCUUGUAAACUCACUCUCCUUUUCCUGUUCUACUAGCCGACAAACUUGAUAAUGUUUUUGUUUAUUAGACCUGGGAGAUGUUUUUGUGUACAAACAGGGUCAUUUGGGCUGAGAGUGUAAAUAUAAACCUUGAUCACAAACCUUUAUGAAACUUAAGAAAUAAUGUACAUACUUUUAGGUAGAAAUGCCAUCAUUAAAUUUCAGCAAUAUGAGUUAUGAAUAAGCCUUAAUUGAUGUGUCAGUAAAGUCAAACUUUGUGUUAGUUACAGAGGCUACAUUACAAAUCUAAAUUCUUUUCCAUUGUGGAUUUUCCCUUUUCCCAUUUUUAAGUUUGUGUGCCAUUUUUAGAACAUAGCAGGAAGCGGUUGAUGUUUCGGCUUGAACUGCACGCUUAUGACAUGUAAUACAUUUGUUGCUUAAAAUAUUGACUGUAACAGCAUUUCGCUUUUAUGACAAUAAUACAAAUAAGUUGCACAAUAGAAGUGAUGUUUAAUAAUAAAGGAUGAAAUCAAUUUUUCAUUUAAAUGGGAAAACAAAAUAAGUGACUUCAAAUAAAGAAACAUUUGAACCUG